AUUAGCAGUGUGACGAUCGUUCCGAAGCAACUCUACAAGAUUGUGGCGUCGAAGCAUCAGUUCCCUUUUUUUCAAUGUGGCACUAGAACGAUAUUUUUUUCAGUUUAACUGUUUGAAAAGCAAAAGAACCAUGAACGUGUACAGUGUAAGAGGCAUCUGCUUCUUCUUCGCAGUCAUUCUAUCCGUCUGCGCAGGUCCCGUGCAUCGCCGUUCCGCUGAAUCCGCCGGCUCGUCUGCGGAUUAUGAUGAAGAGGUUCGACAGGGACUCGUCGCGCUCGAGAAGCUGUACCAAAAAGCGAAAGCCGACCGAACACACGCAGCCUGGGCCUACGCUUCCAACUUGACCGAGCUGAAUUUGCAGAAGCAAAACCAAGCGGCCAGCUCCUUCGCCGAAGUAGCACAGAAAACUGCUCGCACCGUACGCCAGUAUUCGCUCGAUCGGUUACAAGAUGAUGAUCUGAAGCGACGCAUCAAGAAACUUUCAAUGCUCGAUGACGCCGCGCUGCCCGAUGAUAAGUUUAGUGAGCUGCUCGCUGCGAUCGCUAACAUGGAAUCGAAUUAUGCGAAGGCAAAGAUCUGUGCGUACGGCGAUGAGAGCAAGUGCGGGCUUACGCUUGAUCCCGAGCUGACAGAGAUUUUCGCCAAUCAUCGGGAUGCGGCCGAAUUGAAGUACUACUGGGUACAAUGGCACAACGCAACGGGUGCUCCGACGCGGGCCGACUUUCAGAAGUAUGUCGAUUUGAAAAACGAAGCGGCUCGAUUGAACGGAUUCCCAUCUGCCGCCGAGACCUGGUUGAAGGAGUACGAUGAUAGUACGUUCGAGCAGCAGGUCGAUGAUGUUAUCAAUCAAAUCAGACCCCUGUACGAGCAGCUGCAUGCCUACGUGCGGUACAGGUUGCGCCAGAAGUAUGGCGAUAAAGUCGUUUCACCUACUGGACCCAUACCGAUGCAUUUGCUCGGCAACCUAUGGGCUCAAACGUGGGACAAUAUUGCUGACUUUACGACUCCCUUCCCGGAAAAGAAGCUGCUCGAUGUUACCGAUGAAAUGGUGCGCCAAGGAUACACUGCUCGACGAAUGUUCGAAAUGGGAGACGAUUUCUUCGUCUCGCUCAACAUGACGAGGCUACCACAAUCAUUUUGGGAGAAGAGUAUCCUCGAGAAACCGACCGAUGGGCGGGAGCUGGUUUGUCAUGCUAGCGCAUGGGAGUUCUUCGCCACCGAUGAUGUCCGCAUUAAGCAGUGCACUCGCGUGAAUAUGCGCGAGUUUUUCGUGGUGCACCAUGAGCUCGGUCACAUCCAGUAUUACUUGCAGUACCAGCAUCAACCCAUCGAGUAUCGGCGUGGUGCGAACCCUGGCUUCCAUGAGGCGGUCGGUGAUGUGCUAUCACUUUCCGUGUCCACUCCGAAACAUUUACGCCGGAUUGGUCUGCUGAACGACUACGUGGAGGACGAGCAUGUCAAGAUCAACCAGUUCUAUAGGGCCGGAGUCACGAAGCUAGUUUUCCUUCCGUUCGCGUACACACUAGACAAAUACCGUUGGGGUGUUUUCCGUGGAGAGAUCAAGCCGGAAGAGUACAACUGCAAGUUCUGGGAGAUGCGUUCCAAGUACUCCGGCGUUGAACCACCGGUGGUUCGUUCGGAGGCAGAUCUAGAUGCUCCAGCCAAGUAUCACGUGUCGGCCGAUGUGGAGUAUCUGCGGUACUUUGUUUCGUACGUCAUUCAAUUUCAGUUCCACCGUGCAGCAUGUGCCUUGGCUGGCGAGUAUGUAAAGGGUGAUCCCGAAAAAACGCUUAACAAUUGCGACAUCUACCAGAGUGCUGCUGCCGGCAACAAACUCAAGGAGAUGCUUUCGUUGGGAGCUUCGAAGCCUUGGCCCGAUGCGAUGGAAGUUCUGACCGGAGAGCGCAAGAUGAGUGCGGAUGCCUUUUUGGAAUAUUUCCAACCGCUCUACGUUUGGCUGCAGGCAGCGAAUGAACGAAAUGGAGCGCACAUUGGCUGGACACCUACCAACAAAUGUGUAUCGAACAACAUUGACUUCUUGAAGGGAUCAGAAAUGGCGUUAGUGGAAUGUAGCAGAACUAAUUGGGUGCUAGCGCUGCUGGUGCUAGUGGUGGCAACCGUCCGUGCUAGCGACCCCGAGCUAGAACGCAGCGAAUUGGACGCCCAGCGCUAUCUGGCCGAGCUCGAGACGGAGAUUCUGACUCGCAACAACAACGCCACCGAGCUUUCAUGGGCUUACGAGUCCAACAUUAGCGAGGAAACGCUGAAGCAGCGGAACGAUGCCGCCUCGCGUAAUGCCAACUUUUUCAAGGAAGUUGCCCGUGAACUGCGGCUGUACGAUUACAACAGCUUUAAGGAUGCCGAUCUGAAGCGCCGCAUCAAGAAGCUGACCGAUCUGGGUUACGCGGCCCUGAGCGAAGAGAAGUUCUCGCAGCUCGUCGAUGCGAUCUCGCGCAUGCAGGAAAACUAUGCCACGGCCAAGGUCUGCGAGUAUCGCAACGAUACGAACUGCAACUUUGGACUCGAGCCCGAGCUGACCCUGAAGCUGGCGAAGAGUCGCGAUCCGGAGGAGCUGAAGCACUACUGGGUACAGUGGCACAGUGUGGCCGGUAAGCAGGUGCGCAAGGACUUUGAUGAGUACGUGACACUGAAUCGUGAGGCCGCCCAGCUGAAUAACUUUACCUCGGGGGCCGAGUACUGGCUCGAUGCGUACGAGGAUGAUACGUUCGAGGCGCAGGUAGAUGCGGCUAUCGAACAAAUUCGUCCCCUGUACGAGCAGAUCCAUGCGUACGUUCGGUAUAAGCUGAGGAAGCACUAUGGAAGCGAGAUCGUAUCUGAGAAAGGACCCAUUCCCGUCCAUUUGCUCGGUAACAUGUGGGGACAGUCGUGGGACAACAUCGCUGACAUCACGACCCCCUUCCCGGACAAGAAGCUGCUCGAUGUAACGGACGAGAUGGUUCGCCAGCAGUACACCGCGAGAAAAAUGUUCGAGAUGGGCGACGAGUUCUUUACGUCACUGAACAUGACCAAGCUUCCACCGACCUUCUGGGAGAAGAGCAUUCUCGAAAAGCCGAAUGAUGGAAGGGAGCUCGUGUGUCAUGCCAGUGCCUGGGAUUUCUAUAAGAAGGACGAUGUACGCAUCAAGCAGUGUACCCGCAUCAAUAUGGAGGAUUUCUUUACGGCUCAUCAUGAGCUGGGCCAUAUCCAGUACUACCUGCAGUACCAGCACCUACCGAGCGUCUACCGUGAGGGUGCCAAUCCCGGAUUCCACGAAGCAGUGGGAGACGUGAUUUCUCUGUCCGUUUCGAGCCCCAAGCAUCUUGAGCGCAUUGGCCUGCUGAAGGAUUUCGUCAUGGACGAAGAAUCAAAGCUGAAUCAGUUUUAUCAAUCGGGGCUCGCGAAGCUCGUCUUCCUACCGUUCGCUUACACCCUCGAUAAAUAUCGUUGGGAGAUUUUCCGUGGGGAUGUUAAACCCGAACACUACAACUGCAAGUUCUGGGAAAUGCGUUCGAAGUACUCCGGCGUUGAGCCUCCGGUCGUACGGACCGAGAAUGAUUUCGAUGCGGCGGCAAAGUACCACGUGUCGGCUGAUGUGGAGUAUCUGCGGUACUUUGUGUCGUUCAUUGUCCAGUUCCAGUUCCAUCGGGCUGCGUGUGAAAAGGCUGGCCAAUACGUGAGGGGUGAUCCGGAGAAGACGGUGAACAACUGUGACAUCUAUCAGAGCGCGGAGGCGGGCAAUGCACUUAAGGCUAUGCUUGCCCUAGGAUCAUCAAAGCCGUGGCCCGAUGCGAUGGAAGUGCUAACGGGACAGCGUAAAAUGAGUGCUGACGCUUUGAUCGAAUACUUCCAGCCGCUAUAUCAAUGGUUGAUCAAAGAAAACAAAGCCAUCGGUGCUCAUGUAGGAUGGGAACCAACUGACAAAUGUAAAACAGCAUAGCUUUCCACGAACAAAGCUAACGCUUCAUAAGAGCAUGCAAUUUAUGGGAAUGUUUUAUUGCCCUUUGCAUGCUUUACAUCAUCUCUGACACGCCUCAGUUCUCGGAAGAAGCAUUUUAUGAGCACAAACACUUUGAUUGACAAUCAAUAAAAUCAAAACAAAAAUUAUGCUGCUAUUUUGAUUAAGAAAUUAAUUACAAACGCUCUUAUCUUAUGAGAUCCUAUCCUCCACGCAAACCGUAGCUAUUGUGUUUAAUGAACGCACAAAACAAUAAUCAGCAGUCUGCCAGAUAAAAAGUGAGCAGAUUGUGUAACAGGCAGCGUCAUUCUUUUACACUCUCUUGAUAGUAUGGCGUCGUCUUAUCACCAUAGUAGCCUCGGUUACGAUAAACAAUUUGA